CCGGUAAACGCGAUACUACCAGCAAACUCGCCGUUCAUUCAUAAGUUGACUAGUGUACUUACGGCUUAGAACGGCGUACCCCCGAUGUGAACUGCACAAUUCUUUUUGUAGUCACUACAUAGCCUAUAAAUACGCGUAGCGUUUGCAUGUACAUCACCAGUCUUUUUUAUCUAACCGUCCCGUCAACAUCAGUCAAAGUUCACAAUGUAUUUAAAAGUGUUAUUAUUCUCUGUUGCUUGUACUGUAGUACAAUCGGCUACGUCGAGGGAGGAUAUAGGCAUGAGAUACAUCACAAGGAUAUACGAGGAUUGCGUUCAUUCGGAUGGAGUUGUCCCUUGCUUGAAGAAGAAGGCCAUACUGUUCUUCGAUAGGGCUGCAAGAUUGGAUGCGAUACCGUUAAUCGAUGGUGUGGAUAUUGUUAAGAGUUCAGAACCGGAGACAGUUUCAAUCAGUGAAAACGACAUUGAGUCGAAUCUGCCAAGAAAUUUGAACGACAAGAACGAAGCUUUGACUGAUAUGCUUUGGGACAGGAUCGCGUCUUUUGCUAACUCUAGGACUAUCCAAUUGUCAUUACCAAAGAUCACUGGACAGGACCUCAAUAGAGGAGUUGAAGAAGGUAGAGGAAAGAUGAAGAAAAUGAUGGGAAUGAUGAUGAUGGGAGCCAGUAUGAAGUUAGCGGCAAUGAUUCCGUUGGCUAUUGCGGGACUCUUCGCUUUAGCCGGAAAAGCUUUAAUAAUAGCUAAGAUUGCGUUACUUCUGUCAGGCAUCAUGGCUUUGAAGAAGCUAAUGUCACAGAAGAACGGUGGCCACGAGAGCCACGGAUGGUCAUCAGGUGGCGGCGGUGGCGGUUGGGAUCGUAGAGCUUAUAACGAGGGCUCAGACUUAGCUUAUUCUGCUUACAAACAAGAGUAAACUUACGUAAGCCUGAUUUAAGUAGAGCGUGUUUUUCGGAGUCCUAAUUUUUCUAAUUUAUUUUCUGUUUUUUUUUGUGAUUUUACCCACCUUUCCAUAAAAACGUUUUUCUCCAUAAUGUUAUGGUAAUGGUUAGUGAAAAUAUUAUUAAUGGUUAAUGUGUGUAUAAUUGAUCCAAUCAUGGGGUCGAUUCUUGGUACUUUUUAUUAAAAGGCAUUAUUUAUUGUAGUUUUAAGCAACGACUGUAUUAUAGAAUAAUUUAUUUAUUAUUAUUUAUUGAGAAACUGUGCCUAAAUAAAUACUCAUCAAUGUUACUCGUAACAUGGAUUUUUUUUGGACGCCAUGUUUUUUCAUUUAAUAUUUCUUUCUUCUACUAUAGUUGUAAUAAAAAUAAUACUUAUUAUUUAUUAAAAUAAAAUAAUUGUGAACAUAUA